AUGGAGACAUUUUCUGCUCUCAGUGUAGCAACAGCUCUUUGCCAAUUUCUUGACUUCACAACGAAGAUUGUUUCAGGGGCAUGGACUAUCUAUAACGCCGAUCCUGGUCACGACAGUGAACCCAACUCCCACUUGCGGACCAUCACCGGGAAUCUAACAAAGCUCAACGAUGAAAUUCGGGAGUCAUUGCACCACCCAGUCGGACAGCCAUUAUCCGCGACUAAUGUUUCGACCUUGGAGCUAGGCAGAAAAUGCAACAAUCUAGGGGACCGCCUAACUCGACGCACUGGACCGCUUGCAGAAGCGACAAAGCCCGAAACGAGGGCCUGGGUCAGUUUUGUUAUCGCGUUACGCACAGUCUGGGAUGCAGGCAAGAUUGAGGCGCUCAAUCGAGAUCUGCAACUUUUCAGACAACAAAUUAUAAGGCGUGGCCCCAAGCCUCUGUUAACUGCAUCGUUCUUCUUCUGGAACUCAGGUACUGAAAUGCAGAUGUCAUACGAAGGCCUUGCUAGAUCUUUGUUGUACCAAAUCUUGGUGCAGGUGCCGGAGCUCGUUCCUGUUUUACUGUCUCACAGAGCCUUAGAUGGGAUCCUGUUUGGUGAUUACAUUUUUGGAAAAGAGGAUUGGACAUCCGGGAAGCAAGACUGGACGUGGGCGUGGAACGAGCUCAUGGGAGCUCUCAAAACCUUGCUAGUUCAAAUCACAAGGACACACAAGAUAGUGGUGUUCAUCGAUGGCAUGGACGAGUUCAGAGGAGAAUCUCGAGAACUCAUCGACUUCGUCAAGAAACUUGCGAUCCCUGGAGUCAAAGCAUGUGUGUCGAGUCGUCCAUGGAACCAGUUCCGAGGCGCCUUCGAGCAUGGUCCCCAUCUUCGGGUCGAGCUGCUUACUUCCAGCGAUAUCAAACAAUUCGUUACGACGGAUCUAACGAAGAGCGCAGCCUUCUUGGACUACGAGCAAAGUAACCCGGGAUACUCGGCCCGGCUGAUUCGAGACGUCUGCGAUAAAUCUGACGGCGUCUUCCUUUGGGUUAAUCUCGUGACCAAGUCUCUCAUCGAGGGCCUUUCUGACGGGAAAAAAGCCGUUGAGUUACAGGAACGCCUUGAGAGCCUUCCGACGGACCUCGACUAA